UGCACGUUUUUGGUGUAAGGACUUAAAAGACCAAAUUACGUUAUUUCUCUCUUUCUUGCUUUCUCUCUCUCUCUCUUUUUACCAAAGGAGAGACUUGCAUGCAGGAUGUGGAAGAUCGCAGGUGAGGAAAGAAGAAAAAUGCCUCUUGUAGAUUUCUGUAGUGAAAUAUGCGCUGAAGUCCAUAUGGGAUAUUUCUACAGACUAUUUCCACACAUUCUUUUUUUUUAAAGUCAUACCUUGACUAAAAAAAACCCCUCAAAAUGGAUUUCUUUAAUAGCUCCAGCCUGGAGGUCGGGAUAGAGGCACAAAAUAUCUCCUCUAAUUCAACCUCUCAGAGCCAGUACACCCAGCUCGCUAUCUGGGCUCUGGCCGGACUUGUCAGCUUUCUGAUUUUGUUUACAAUAGUCGGGAAUGUCUUGGUUGUUAUCGCUGUUUUAACGAGCAGAGCCCUGAAACCACCCCAGAACCUUUUUCUCGUCUCCCUGGCCAGUGCGGACAUACUGGUGGCCACCCUGGUCAUGCCCUUUUCUCUGGCAAAUGAACUCAUGGGCUUCUGGUUUUUUGGCAAAAUUUGGUGUGACAUCUACCUGGCUCUGGACGUUUUAUUCUGCACCUCUUCUAUUGUUCACCUGUGUGCUAUUAGUUUGGACAGGUACUGGUCAGUGACACAGGCAGUAGAGUAUAACUUAAAGAGAACCCCUAAAAGAGUGAAAGGGAUGAUUGUGGUGGUGUGGUUGAUCUCAGCCGUCAUCUCCUUCCCACCGCUGAUAUCAAUGGACAGAAGCAGCAGUGAGGAGAGUCCCCAGUGUAUCCUGAAUGAUGAGACCUGGUACAUCCUCUACUCCAGCAUUGGCUCAUUCUUUGCCCCCUGUGUCAUCAUGAUCCUGGUCUAUAUUCAGAUCUACCAAGUGGCAAAGACCAGGACCAGAACAAUGUCAGAGAAGAAGAGGGAUGUGGACUCGCCACAGGAGAAUGGGAUGGGCAAAGCGGAACCAGGGGGAGAAGGGUCAUUUAAGUCCAACAGGGGCGGGAGUAUGAAAGAACAGGAGCGUGAGAAUGGACACUGCCAAGAGCAGUCAGUGCAAUCCACUCUACCGAACGAGCCAAAACAUCCACCGACAGACCACGAUGAUGAUUUUGAAGAUAGCAGCUCGUCAGACGAAAAACCUAAAAAAAGUUCCAGUUCUUCCAAACAUCACCACGAGGACAGGAAGGACAGGAAAGACAGGAAGUCCAGCCGGAAAGGCAGCUCCGCCUCUAAAUACUCCAGCAGAAAGUCACGUGCCAGUUCCAAGUCUAUGGAACUCUUCUCAUCCCGUCGCAAACGCCGGAGCACCGUCAAUAGGAAGAAAGUCUCCGCUGCUCGGGAGAAGCGCUUCACCUUUGUCCUCGCCGUCGUCAUGGGCGUUUUCGUCAUGUGCUGGUUCCCGUUUUUCUUCUCAUACAGCCUGUAUGGAAUCUGCCGGGAGUUGUGCAAGAUCCCUGACACGCUGUUCAAAUUCUUUUUCUGGAUUGGCUAUUGUAACAGCUCACUAAACCCGGUCAUCUACACCAUCUUCAACCAGGACUUCCGCAGAGCCUUCCAGAAGAUCCUCUGUAAGUCAUGGAAACGCUCUUUCUGAAUGGUUCCUGCAUUGGUUGUAAUAGACAUUUUGCCCUCUGAGCUUCUGAGAUGUAGGAUAAAGUGUUGGCCUGGGGGGGUGGGGCGCUUUUACACCUUCACUUUCAGGGAUUGCACUAGAAAUGAAGGGACGCUUAACGGAUCAAAGGAUUGAACGGUGCAGAAAAGGAGUUUAAAAAACAAGAGGAAGCUCUUUGGUUAGUAUUCAGGAGGCUUUCAUUAAACACCAUUCAGACUGCUUUUGGACAAGGAUGUGGGCUUUGGCUUACUCCCCUCCUCACUGACUUCUUCUCCCUUCAUUUAAAUACAAUAAACGGACUCAUACAGUUACUGUGAUGCAUGCACGCCACAGUGGCUAAACUUGCAUGAACUGCACAGAAGGCAAAGGGUUUACAGAGACACUUGAUUCAUAAUGUAACCUCAUUCACUGAAUAUAAUGCGAAGGCCUUGACAAUCUCCGCACAGCGGUUGUUUGUGACGUUAGAUAGUGAUGUCUAUCUUCUCCCUCUGUUUCUUACUCCUUUUUUGUCAACCUUUCUAUUAUGUCACACUCUCAACAUGAGGACCAAUGGGACGAAGGGGCUCCUUGCUUACUGUUUCAGUAGCAAAACUGUUUCACUGACUUCAAACAAACAAACAAAAAAGACUCAAAAACUACAAAGUCAUAUUUCUGCAUCACUGUUCCGUGUGGGGCUCAGAAGUGUCUGAACUGGGAACUGCAGUGGAAGCUUUUCAUCAGGAUGCGUGUUUUUUGUGGCCUGGAUACAGUGGCAUGUACAGCAUAGGGUAGGGGUGUGACGAGAUCUCGCGAGAUUAAAUUGUGACAAUAUUUCUCGUCAGGUAAAAAGCUGUCUUGCGAGACUCACACAAAUGUCAUUUUUCACACGCUGUCAAGCCACACAAUAAUUUUCUCACGCAGUGAAAUACAAAUGUAUUACUGAUAAGAUGGCUCACGGAGCGAAUCAACUCAGUCCAGCUGAUUGACACCAGCGUAGCGAAUCCAGACAGCUGUGACAAGUGGUAACGUAGCUGAUAGUUUUACAACAUAAACAUAUAAAAACUGAAGUACAACCUUGCUUCUUUGUUUGGAUCCGUGAGCUGCACUUUAUCUGAGCUGCUGAAGUUAAAUUGUAUGGAUCUGUGGUGAGAUUUCUGCAUGAUCAAAAGUGUUUCAUUUAGGCUACUUUCGGUUUCACAUACAACAUACAAACUACAUCGGUCAAACGGUCUGAAGGGGAUAGAUAAUGUAACUACAAUUAUCAAAAACAUAAUGCACAGCAGAGUAUAGGGCAGGUAGACUUCUCAUCAAAUGAUGAUGUUAGUCUGGUUAUAUUCUGCCUUUUUUCCAGACAUGUCAGAGAACACACAUUUUAAAUGUGCAGAAAAGCUGCUGAAACACAGGAG